CAUUUAUUUUAUUAAUAGUAAGAGCAAGUAAACCAAUAGUUAGUUAUAAUAUUAAAAAAACAAUUAAUGUAAAAAAUCUGAUGUCUGCGUAGAUUCCUCCACCAUAAUAUUUUCCAGUUACCGUGACAUUUUCGGCUUUAUUGUCUAUAUAAUUGUCCAUUGACCGUUUCUGGUUUAUAUUAUGAUUUAUGAUCUUAAAUUAUUAUUACUUAGUUAGCGUUUAUUCACACCGUAAGUAUUCUCUACUGAUCCGUAGGUUGCGAUUAGUUAAGAACUUGUGUCUCCGUAUGCAGGCUAGACAAGUUCGUCGUUUCCAUUUCAAAACAACAAGUCUAACCUUAGACCCUAACAAGUUCAAGAUUCCGUACCCAAGUCUUGACGGCUACAAAUCGCACGGAUGUACGACACAGCUGUGGCGUUGGUCACAAACAGCCGGAACUCCACUUAUCGGACAACCGCAAACCCGUGGAUCUGACCGAAGACGGUAUGCCCGAAACACAGGAAGUGCGCCUCGAAGCGGUAGUCGAACAAGUCACCAUAGUCUCGAUAAGUACUACCAGAUAUUGCACGCACUUACUAGAUUCUCCCUUAGCACUAAUGUCCAAACUUAAUUCUGCAAGAAUGUAUAGUAAUAACUAAUAAGCAUCAUAUUUUAGAAACCGAGAAAAACAGCUGCUCAAUUAGAUGGAAAUCCUUAUGAAAGUAAAUUAUUUAUUAAUUUUUGUUAUUGAUAUUGGUGUUGAAUACUCUUUCAAAUUGAUGAUAUUAUAAUUGGUACACUUUCCACUUAACCAGUCGACCUGAUUUAAAAAAAUGCAUGGUUUGACUAAUUACCUAUCAAAACUUUACUGUCUGUCAUUAUACACUUAUAUUAAAUAACAGAUUAUAUUAUGUCUGUUCUUAUUAUUUAUUUCGAUACACAAAUAAAUUUGUAUAUUUUAAAGCAUAAUAUUUAAAAUUAUUGUUUGUUUUGUAUUUAUUAUUAUUAUCAGUAGAUUUAAUCAAACAAUAGAUUUUAUAUGUUAUAAUUUGAAAUAGAAAAACGAAUUCAGUAUAAUUUGUCAGUAAUUCAUUGGUAUUAGUUUUAUUGUUUUUAGAUAUUAUGUGUAUACUUAUUACUUUUCACUUUAUUUCACUAGGUCAAGUAUUAUUAUUUGAAAAUACCAAGUGUAAGAAAUUCAUUUAAUAUAGAAGAAAUAAAAGGACUGUUGAAAACCUUACG